AUGUCAGCCCCAAGAAUCAGCUCCUGCACAAAACAAGGGGUGAGGAAGGUCCCACCUCAGCAGGGCUCACUGCAUUCUCCAUCUGCCAGGGAGGGCAGAGGCUGGUGGUGGAUCCUAUCUGGACUGGCAGAGGGAGCCAGGAGGCAGCUCUGGGACAGCUCAGAAGCACAGCUCCAAGGUGCCGGGCCGGGAGGCUGCCAGCGCGGGGAGCUGCUGCCGCCACUGGGAAGGGUCUUCUGCAUCAAGCACAGCAAGCGCCUUGGGCACCUGCUGACAGACCAUAAAGAGCUUUUGGCUGUGCUCCCUCCUGGGUGUGGAAGGACCACUCUGACUCUCCUGGCUUUGGUGGGACAGGCUGGGAGGACAAACUGGAGACCCUCUUGCAGCCUGCUGCUGUUCAAAGGGAGGUCUUGCUGGUGGUGCCAGGACUCCACUCCCGUCCUCCAGACUGGCAGGCUCUGGCAAGGCAGAGGUGAGAGGAAGGAGGGCAAAUGGCUUAGCCUCUUGGACAUCCAAGGGAGCUCAGGGGGCAGCCAGCCUGAGGUGAGCAAGUGUGGGAGGAGAUUGAGGCUAGGCCUGGCUGCCCAGGGGGCUGCUGUGCUUGAUUUUCCCUUUCUUGCCCCUUUGCAGUGCUCCCUUGCUGGGAGCUCAGGGGGUGCUGCUCUGACAGGUUUUGGAGCUCAGAGCUCAGCCCUGCUUGCAAGGCAUCUGGGUUGGGCUUUGGAUGGAGCCUGCGUGGGGCAGCCCAAGCUGCAGAGCAGAAAGCAGAGGCUGCUGCCACUCAGCAAGGAGAGAGGAAGCUGCUCUGCCGUGGCAGAGACGUGCAGAGGGACACAGGGCAGAAGGCAGAGGGUUAUUUCCAGCACCCAGCUUUGCUGCUGGAAGGUUUCAGCUGCUCCUCCCUGCCCUGUUCUGGCUGCCUGGCCAGAAGCUGGAUGCUGGGGAGGAGUCAGGAUCCAGUGCAACCACUGACCCAAAGCUGCAGUUCUGGGGCUAGGGUUGGUGGCCAGGCAACAUCCUUGUGGCCCUGAUGGGUUGUCUGGCAGGGCCUGGGGGUUCUUGGCAGGUGCUGGGGUGGUUUUGAGCCAGAAGAAAAGAUGCCAAGCUUGUGAGCACUCAGUGGUCUUGAGCAACCCCAGUGGCAGGAGAUGCCCAUCCCUGAAACCACUGAGGUCAGGCUGUCUGUGGCUCUGAGCAGCCUGCUCUGGCUGCAGAGGCACUGUGGGAACUCUGGAAUAGACCUUUCAAGGUCCCUUCCCACCCACAGCACUGUGGGCUCUGACCUCCAGGAGCAGUGCUGAAGAUGAAGCAGUCAGAGGGAGCAGAGGCAGGUGGGGAACUCCUCUCACAUCACUUUGCAGUCCCCCCAGCACCAGUGCUGGCAGCAUGCUGAGC